AAAAAUAUUAGUACCUACUCACUUAGCAAAGAUGUAUGUCCUAAAAAUCUUUCUUCUUGUAACUGUGCUAGCAUACGUUCAAGCAGCUGUACUAGAUCCAGUAGAAACAUUAGAAGGUUUAGAACUAACUCAUCCAUUGAAAGCUUUAUCGAGAAACAGAAGACAAGAUGGAGUUGAUCCCUCACUUAUGGAAGCUGUAACACAACCACAAGAAAGAUUUUUGGGAGGGUUGUUGGAAAAAGUUCCAAGUUUAUUAAUAAAGCUUGUAUCGGGAGUGAUUCGUAUGAUAAUGAGGCUUAUAACCGGGGGACUUGGGGACUAAAUUCUGUUUAUUUCAUGUGUUUAUUAAAAUAGCUAUCCAUAACAGUGUAAGGCAAUUAAU